CGCUCGAGAACUAUCGAAGGAUCUUUGUCUCAUCUAUUAAAUCUCUCCGAACGUCUGAAAUACCGAGUCACACGUUGAACACACGUCCGAACGCUCAAGUCAUCUCGCGCUAACGCGUCUGCUAAUGUUCGCGUUAUUGCGCACGCGUGAAAUUUGUCUGUCCAUCUGGGAGCACUGGACAUACUCCGACUUCCGACGGCGGAUACAGCGAGAUCUAUACGUCAAGAGGUACGAGCGGCCUGGAGCGGCCGUAUAUUUUGAAGGAAUUUCCACUUUAACCUCUCGUCGGAGCUGGACUUGAUCGCACGGGACUCAACAUGCUGGCCCUCAUCAAUCGAAUCUUGGACUGGUUCAAGUCUCUCUUCUGGAAGGAAGAGAUGGAACUCACUCUUGUCGGUCUGCAGUACAGUGGAAAGACUACGUUCGUGAAUGUCAUAGCGUCGGGACAGUUUAGCGAAGACAUGAUACCGACUGUAGGCUUUAACAUGCGCAAAAUAACCAAAGGAAAUGUCACUAUAAAAGUAUGGGAUAUCGGUGGUCAACCAAGGUUCAGAUCCAUGUGGGAAAGAUAUUGCAGAGGAGUAAACGCCAUAGUUUACAUGGUAGAUGCGGCAGAUUCAGAGAAGAUUGAGGCAAGUCGCAAUGAAUUACACAACUUGUUGGACAAGCCGCAAUUGUCUGGGAUACCAGUAUUGGUUUUGGGUAAUAAAAGGGAUCUACCUCAUGCAUUGGAUGAGAACGGACUCAUCGAAAGAAUGAAUUUAUCUGCAAUUCAAGAUCGUGAAAUUUGUUGCUACAGUAUUUCGUGUAAAGAAAAAGACAAUAUCGAUAUUACGUUACAGUGGCUCAUAGCGCAUUCGAAAAGUGGAGUUCGUUAAUAUUCUUAAAAUAUCCCAUUUGUUAGUAUCGGCGAGUCUUGGAUACUGAUAACAGUAUUGGGAUCAAUCGUGAAACGAGCGCAUUGAGCAAACUUUGUUCAAAACUGAAUCAUUAUAUUGUAGAAAACUACUUGAGCUUUAGCUGAUCUAAGUUGGAUGGUGCGGUUUGCCAUGGUAAAAUUUAAAAAAAAUCAUGCUUAUAUGCCAAGAAUAUGAAAUGCUCGUGUGAAUUAUACCGUAAGGCACUCAUUUCCCGCGAGCACAUUAGAAUAAGGAACAAUUUUUUAUAUUUUCGUUUUAGAUAAGUCCAAGAAUAUAUUCCAAUACUUAAUAACGAUUAAAUAUAAUAAUAGUAUCUCUGUAUUUUCUAUGAUUGCCGCUAUUGUAAAGCUGAAAUAAUACCAACAUAAUCGCAGUUAAUUAUUGUGAUAUUAUAGUAUAGAUGUCGAUAUUAUGAUUUUGUCUUGUACCCUCGAAAAAUUGUACCAAAUAUUUCAUGUAUAAAUUAGAAAAAAUUGUAGCUAUUACGAAAUAUACACGCGCAAAGAUAUCAUUAUUAAUUAUAAAUAAAUUAUAGUACACUUUGAAAAACUUUAACAAAUAAACUUUAACAAA